UACAAAUUAAACAUAUCGAAAGAAGAAGAAUCACUGAUAGAUCAGUAAGAAACUAAUUAAAAUCAGUUUUUUUUUUCUUUUUUUAUGUCCGAGUGAGAGAGUAGGAGUACAGAGACAGAGUUCGAGAUGGUGAGAGCUCCAUUUUAUGACGAAAAUGGAAUCAAGAGAGGCGCAUGGAGUUCUGAAGAAGACGAUAAGUUGAGAGCUUAUGUUGAAAGAUAUGGCUACUGGAACUGGCGUGAACUUCCCAAAUAUGCUGGCCUACAAAGGUGUGGGAAGAGUUGCCGACUCCGAUGGAUGAACUACCUUCGACCAGAUGUCAGACGUGGGAAUUAUACGGCCGAAGAAGAAAGUUUGAUCAUCAAGUUACAUGAAGAACAUGGAAAUAAAUGGUCCUUGAUUGCUGCAAAUUUACCAGGAAGAACCGACAAUGAAAUAAAGAACUAUUGGCACACUCGCCUAAAGAAGCGCAAAACUCAUAAUAAAACGCCAACAAAAUCUCAAUUAAGAGAAUUAGAUCGAUCUUGUGAUGAGUCUUCACAGCUGUGCCACAGCAAUAACGGAGAAACGUCAGAAGCUGAGAGUAGCAUUAAUCAUAGUCAUAUAUUGGAUAAUCAUGAUCACGGCGCUGAAGUAGUCUCUCCGGCGGUGCCGAUUCUCGAGAGUUCUCAGUCUCCCACAGACACAAGUACUGAUACCAGUGGAUCCUCUCUUUUCAUCAGUCACGCCUAUUCUUCUCAAUCUUAUACAGACUAUCCCUCUGAAAACAAUAAUUAUCAAUCUUCAUCAUUGGAAGCAUUUUAUCAAGAGUACUACACCGCCGGAUCGGAUUUCUGGACUCAGCCGUUUCUGUCCAGCCAAAAUGACGAUCAGUAUUCAACAUGCUUUGGGGAUGGGGGAACUUCAUCCUCACAUCUUUCAUUCUAUGAUGAUGGCAUGGACUACUACUUCUACCAAUAACACUACGUUCUGAGGCAAUUAGGAUUUUAAGAACUAUUGAUCAUAUUAUAAUUAUAGUUCAACUACUAUCUAGUUUAUGUGUUGUAAAAUCAUGUAGUACUUGUAACUUGUAAGUAAUGGUCUAUAAAAUCAAG